AUUACAUAUAGACGCAACGCGUCUAGGAGGGCUUUUACUUAUUUUGCUACCUCAGGUUCACCUUUCACCAGCGCACAAGUAUCAAUCAACAACUUAGCAGCUGCGUCCGCGCAAAAGGAAUGCAGUCAACCAUUUCUUCAAGACUGGGUACAUCCUCCAGAGUCCUUCCUGCAGCGCUUCCCGUGCUGUCCGCAGGCAUCCGGGUCAUCACAUGGCACGUCCACCAUGGCUGCAACGCCAGACGGGCUGCACUCCGUUGUAUCGCGACCUACACAUCUGCAAACGGUUCGCCUGCGGGCGCUUUACCACACUCCGGCCCUGCGUCCACCAGGUUGCAAACCGCGUCUUAUGGCGCCCUUCAAUCCUCGAGGUUAUGCCGCAUCACCGGCCUCUGCUCCCGCACCAACAUCAAGAUCGUCAACACAAACAUGCGCUGCCCUACCUGCCUCGUCGACAACGCCAGCAGCGACGACCCUUCGACGAUGUUCCCUGCUGUAACAGUUGACCAAACCGUCAAGCUGCUGCAUCACCAGUCCUCGCAGCCUUCGGACGACGAGCUGUCAGCUUCAGUUCUGUCCGGCCUGCCAAGCAACCUCUUGAGCAACAUAAAAGAACCCAGCUUUUCGCCGAGCUUAUCCAGACCCGUUAUCCCGCGAGGCUUCACCGCAUCCUCGCCCCUAACAGCGCCGCAACAACAACCCAACCUCCAAGCUUCCAACCUCGGGGCCGCCGCGGCAGCUAUCACCACCAUCCUGAUCUACCGCGCCCGGGCAUCGGCAAUGGCUGUGGUAGCCGCCUUUGCAAGCCGCCUCUCGGCAUCCACCACCCUGCCUUCCUCCACUUCUCCGCAUGCAACCCGCAUGACCCAUUUCGCCACGGGCUCCACCGUCGCCCUGCCGUCGAACCCCUGGGAGCUGGCGUUCGGCGCAUAUCGCACCCUCUGCACCGCCCCAAGGCGUCCAAGCUUCUCGGAUGCCACCACCAAGACCGAGAUCGGCACAGGUGCUGCUGUGGAUGAGGCGAAGCCCGCCACCGCCCCCACCGGCGUCGUUGCGGUGCUGCGCGCUUGGUUCCGGCGUACACGCGGGCGAGCGGAGGGCAUCUCGCGCAAGUUCCUGUUCAGGACACUCAACAAGCGCAUCAUCCGCCAGAUGGCGCGCCGCGCCACCAUCGGCCUCCCCAUCGUCGGCUUCUUCUUCGUGGCUCGGCUGCUGGUCAAGGACUUUGAGCGCGUGCGAGCGGAGGCAGCGGCGGGCAGGAAGUCCAUCGCAGGCCUCUUCUCCGUGGCCCUGGCCUGCGAUGCGGUCGACCUGGUGAGCCAGGCGCUGCUGCUGGCGGGGAUGGCGCACUCGCACUAUGGGCUGGGCCUGGGGGUGGCUGCUGAGUGGCUUGCGGCGGCCGACCACAGCACGGUGGCCAUGGCGGUUACCUCCUUCACGGCAGGAGUGACGGGUGAGCUGCUGACGGUGCUGCGGGAGGAGCGGCAGCAGCAGCAGCAGUGUGGGUUGGUGGGGGAGCUGGGGCGGCAGGACAUGAAGAAGGACUGAAAGGGCCCGCAAAGGUGCUGGGAAUGGGGUAAUCGUAUAUAUUCUAUCUUAUGUCGAAGGCAGCAACAUUGCUGUUAUGUGGGUUUUGUUUUGGUGGUGAUUAUGCUGUGCUGUGCUAUACGCAUUCUUUGUUUUUGACUGCGCCAUGCUUGUGGAGAAGCGGCCGCACAUGUGACGGUUGGCGAGCCAUGGACCCGGCAUGUGUGUGAAGAGGCGCAUGUGAGCUGCAGGGUUUCAUGGGAGGAUGCAGGCCGCAGGCUGCUUUGGAUGACCUUAACUACCGGCUCCAAAGGCAAUCUAGCUGAUCUAUUCAAGCUGCAUACAUAAGAAUCAAUCCAUGAUACAUCAUCCCAAACCUCGUCUAUGUAUUUAUCUGGCUCCAUUCCAUUUGGGUGCCGAACAUGUGCCGUAUCCCGGUCUGCAUGUGCGCUUGGUGGAAGAGUUUGAGCCUAGCUCUUUAGGGAUUGCAUGGGGCAGGCAUACAUACCGUUCCUUUGAUCCUGGUCCUAAUUUACCUGAUGAGUAUAGUGCGGGCAUAGACCCUGUUUGGUACUUCUUCCUGCUGUACUGUGCGUGCAGCGUUGUGACGUGUGGCUCUGUUUGUAUGGCUCGUUUGUGAUUAAUUCACCUCCGCACUUUCCUUUCAUGGCCUUUCCCUGUCCGCCGGGGCUGGCGGCACGGAGGUAAAGGCCGUGACUGCUUUGUGUGAUUUGGGUCGUCUUGCGCUUCAGGGUAUUAAAGUCGCUGUGUUUCUACCGUGCUGAGAAAGCCGUGUGGUGCCAGGCGGAAGCGUACGCGUGCUGUCUCCGUUGCCAGUACGUGCUUACCGUACUUCACAUCGAUGGCGUGCGAUGGAAGAGGGCGUGUAAAUGAAUAUAGUACAAGGGCAGUGUCUGCGCUUAUCGUCGUACCUUGAUCCUACCCUGGUAGUACGGCUUUAUAUUGUACAGCUACCGUAUGUAAAUAAUGAUACAUCAA